AUGAGCCCAAAGAGACCUUCUCUCAGCCUGCUAUCUUCCAUCAUUGUAGGUCUUCUCUCAACACAACUCAUAUUCCAAUAUCCACCAUGUCUCCAAUGCCUCCUCGACCUUGACCUCUUCACACCAUCCUUCUUACCAGAUGUUAUUUCAUGCUGCACCCAAAAAUCACAGCAAAACCAACACCAUCACCAUGGCAAUGAUCCAAAAUCCAAUUCAACCAUAUGCAGUGACUUCCCUCCAAACUUCCCCCCACCCGACACAAACACAACUUCAAUUCUCUGUGUCGACCGCAAUGGGUGUUGCAACUUCACUACGGUACAAUCUGCAGUAGAUGCAGUUGGAAACUUUAGCCAGAAAAGGACUAUUAUUUGGAUCAACAAGGGCAUAUACUAUGAGAAGGUAAAUAUUCCAAGGACCAAGUCCAACAUCACAUUUCAAGGGCAAGGAUUGUAUUCGACGGCAAUAGCUUGGAAUGACACUGCCAACUCCACACAUGGCACAUUUUAUAGUGCUUCAGUCACCAUUUUCGGCGCCAACUUCAUUGCCAAGAACAUAAGUUUCAUGAAUGUAGCUCCAGUACCACAUCCUGGUGUUCACGGGGGCCAGGCUGCGGCAAUUAGGGUUGCUGGUGAUCAAUCUGCCUUCUGGGGUUGUGGGUUCUUCGGAGCGCAGGAUACCCUUCAUGAUGACACGGGAAGGCAUUACUUCAAGGAGUGCUACAUCGAAGGUUCCAUUGAUUUCAUCUUUGGAAAUGCUAGAUCUUUGUAUGAG